CCCCCGCCGUUUCCCACCGUCUCGAGCUGUCCGUCGCCGACAUGCACGUGCGCCGACACCCCAGCCAUGCCGGACGGGCUGGAGAUUGACCACCAGAACACGCUCAAUGGCGUCAUGGCCGGGUAUGCCGAGCACGUCGUUGUGUGUACGGGCAAGGACGACUGGCUGUCCAAGAUUGAGGACGAGAACAGCGGCGACAAUCUGGCGGCGGAUCUGAAGGAGCUGUUUGGGAGGGGGGGCAAGUAUACGGAUCCGUUCCACCACAUCUCCGUCAUCAACUCUUCCUUUCCGAGCUCGGUGCCUCCCCGAAAGGCCAUCCAGUCGACGUCGGCCUACCUGCUGCCCAGCUUCAAAUACGUCCCCUUCCUGCCGCGCGUGUCCUUUGACAGCGUCAAGGCGCUCGCAAAGGGCUUUCUACUACCCGAGAAGCUGCACCCAGCGCACGCCGGACUGUCGCCUGUGCACCGCGACCGGCUGACUCGAAAGGAGGCCUUCCAGGGCUUGUUGCCCGGCGUGCAGGACGUCAAGGACGUGCUGGUGCUGAUAUGCGGGCACGGCGGGCGGGAUCUGCGGUGCGGCACCAUGGGGCCUGUGUUGAGGGACGAGUUUGAGGAGAAGCUGGAGAGGCGAGGGUUCAACGUUGCGAGCGAAGCUGUCCAGAUCGGGGACCUGGAUGGGAACCUGGGGGAGACGGGGAGGAUAGAAGGGAGCAGCAACGACAAGGUGGCCCGAGUCGGUCUGAUCAGCCACAUCGGGGGCCACAAGUUUGCGGGCAACGUGAUUAUUUACAUUCCACCUGGAUUUACGACUGGGGGAGGCGAGAAGCAUGCAUUGGCAGGCUGCGGGAUUUGGUAUGGGAGAGUAGAGCCGAAGCAUGUGGAGGGCAUUGUGGGAGAGACGGUGAUGGGGGGGCGCGUGGUGGAGGACAUGUUCCGGGGAGGGAUUGAUGGGCAGCGACGGAUAUUGCGGCUGUGA